AUGGUUAACGUGCACAACGCGGUUAGGCUAACCCCGGAUCGGCUGCGGGAGCGCGUGUCUCAACGGGCCGGGCGCAGCAAAGCCCUUUGCUUCGUUCCAGCUUCGGGCUCCCGCAGCCACCGGGCGAAGGAUGCCCGCGCAGGCAGCUCGAAAGUUUCAGGCGCGCGCUCCCGAGUCUCCCCUCGCAGAAAGGGGCGUGAUGCGCCCCUCGCCCCCCCCCAGCACCCCGCAGACGGGCGCAGUCCGGAGGAGCUCCGUCAAGCCAACGCGCAACGCGCGGAACAGCCGGGGCGGCUCGUCCGACCGACAGCGGGCUGGCGAGCAAGCCCCGGGCGCUCGGGAUGCGGAGGAGCAGCAGCCGCCCGGGAGCCGCUCUCGCCCGUCUGCAGGGAGCUCAGCCCGCCCCGGAUGCCCGGCGGGGCCAAGCGCCGCCGAACUCACCUUUCCAGCCGGCCACCCGGCGAGGCUCCCUCCGUCUCCGUCCUCCGUCCUCCGGCUCAGCCCCGGCGAGGAGAGGCGGCGGCGGGAGCGCGCGUUCUGCUGGCGAAGGAGCCCCGGGGCGGCGGGCAGGCGUUCCGGCGGCGCCGCCAGCUGGCUUUUAAAGUCCGCCGCCAGCGCGCAACCGCGAGCACGCCUCUUCCACGCGCCCGCCCGCGCCCCCCGAUGCGCCCCCGCAAGCCUUCUGAAGCGCGGCCCCGGCUCUCCCCCGCCGCCGCGCCGCCGCCGCCGCCGAGGGUGCGUCUCCAAAGUGCGCGGCCCCGCUCGGCGCGUUCACGGGGCGGGCCGCCGCCUGCUUCUCGGGGAGGGGGCAGGGAUUCUGCGGGGGUGGGGGUUGCCUCUGCGGCUUCCCUCCCGGCAGAAGAGGGGCCCGCUUUCCAGGCGGCGGGCGAGGGGCGGGCCGGGCCGGGGCUGGCCGCGGAGGGCUUCGUCUUAGGGGUGAUCCUGACACUUUCCCCCGUCUGUUGCGCAGUCUUGAAGAUUGGUCUGGUGGGGCCUUGGUCCUGCAACUCCUUCUUUUCCAAGGCCUUUCCCCACAUUGCUGCUCAAUUAGCCAUGGAGAGGAUCCGUAAGGAUCCCUCCGUCACUGCUGUCCAUCAGCUGGAUUACGAAUUGUUCGAGGAACGCUGCCAAACCUGGAAAGCAAUUGCUGGAUUUGCGGGCUCCACCAAGCAUCUUUCGGCGUUCAUAGGGCCGCUGAAUCCUAGCUACUGUGACACCGCCGCGUUGCUGGCCCGAGGUUGGAAUAAAGCCAUGGUAUCUUGGGUGUGCCUAAAUGAUGAACUGGAUAAUCCAAUCAACCAUCCAACAUUUGCAAGAACCCUGCCUUCUUCAGCAUCGGUCCUCUUCACCGUGCUGAAAUACUUUAGCUGGGCUCAUGUCGGCAUCGUCUCUUCCAAAGAAGACCUUUGGGUGGACGCAGCUGACAAGCUAGCUGGUGCUCUCAGAAGCCAUGGGCUACCCGUGGCUAUUGUUACGUCAACAGGGAUGGAAGCAGAGAAAGUAGAAGAGACUUGGACAAAGAUUCAAGCUGCUGGAAAUAUCAAAGUCCUCGUCCUCUGCAUGCCUUCGGCGCUCCUCGGCGGGGAAGCCCAGGCGACCUUCCUCAGCAAAGCCCGGGAGCUGGGGCUGACCGACGGCCGGUACGUCUUCGUGCCCUACGAUACUCUGUUUUACAGCCUGCCGUACGGGAACCAUUCGUAUUUUCUUCUCGACAACGAUGACACCUUCCGGGAGGCUUACGACGCCGUGCUGACCAUUACUUUGCAGUCUGGAGAAAGGACUUUUUACGACGCCUUCCGAGCAGCCAAGAAAAAGGGAGAAAUAACAGUGGAUUUGGACGCAGAACAGGUCACUCCACUUUUUGGGACAAUCUACAAUGCCGUUUACCUGGUCACAAAAGCUUUAGCCAAGGUAGCCCAGCCUGAAACUUCUGAACUCUCUGGAACAACGUUGAUUCAACACAUCAGAAAUUUCGACUUUGCUGGCUUCAGCCACAGGAUACAGGUCGACAGCAAAGGACGGCCGCUGGCCAAAUACGUUAUUCUGGACACGGAUGGCAAAGGAAGUCAGCUGUUCCCCACUUAUGUGCUGGCUGCAUCUUCUGGCACGAUACAGCCCCUGGGGAGGGCUAUACAUUUCCCUGCGGGGAGAGCCCCCCCAGCUGAUUCGGCCUGCUGGUUUGAACCAGAUGUCCUCUGCAAGAGAGAUGACUUGUAUCCAGGACUGCUGAUUGUGAUUUUACUGCUGUCACCUCCUGUCUUCCUGCUCCUCUUUGGCCUGUACCUGGCAUACCUCAUCAGAAACAGUAACCCUAGUCGCCACGCUGUCAAAGGAUCGCAGAAGCUAUUUCUGACUUUAGACGAUCUAACUUUUGUGAACACCAAAAUCAGUAGAAUGAGACUAACUCUCGACAACCUCAGUGAGUCAAGGAGCUGCUCAGAAGUACACAGCCUGAGAUCUGUGACCCAUUCAUUGUCGGUGAAAAGCACAAUGCUGACCUAUGAAACAUCUAAUGUGGCCAUGUAUGAGGGAGACUGGGCAUGGCUGAAGAAACUGGAGACUGGAGUGACCAGUGAUUGGAGGCACCGGGCUACCUGUGUGCUAACCAAGAUGAGGGACCUACGCCAUGAAAACGUGAACCCGUUUCUAGGGCUUUUAUCCGACAUGGGUGUCUCUGUGGCUGUGAUGGAAUUCUGCUCCAGGGGAAGUCUGCAGGACUUGCUGCAAAACACCGACAUAAAGUUGGACUGGAUGUUUAAAUCGUCCCUUUUGAUGGAUUUAAUUAAAGGAAUGAAAUACUUACACAGCCAGGACAUCAGCCACGGGCACCUCAAAUCCCGCAACUGUGUGGUGGAUGGACGGUUUGUGUUGAAAAUCACCGAUUAUGGCUACGGCGAGUUAUUGGCAGCCCAGGGCAUCCGCCAGGUUCAGACCUCUGCAGAAGAGUUGCUCUGGACUGCUCCUGAAUUACUGAGAGAUCCUGAGGUGCACCCCAAAGGCACCUUUAAAGGCGAUGUGUUUAGCUUUGCCAUUAUCCUGCAAGAAGUCAUUCUUCGGGGACCCCCCUAUUGCAUGUUGGAAACUCCAGCUGAAGAGAUUAUAAGCAAGUUGAAGAACCCCCUGCCUGUGUUUCGUCCAAGCAUUCCACUAGAAAAUACCCCUUCGGGAUAUAUCCAGCUGAUGAAGCAAUGCUGGAGUGAAGUGCCGAAUCGAAGACCAACAUUCGACAAGGUCUUAGAGCAGUUCAAAACCAUCAACAAAGGAAAACAGAUGAAUAUCAUUGACUCCAUACUGCGGAUGUUAGAAAAGUAUUCCAGCAACCUGGAAGAAUUAAUCAGAGAGAGAACAGAAGAAUUGGAGAUGGAAAAACAGAAGACAGAGAAGCUGCUGUCUCAAAUACUUCCUUUGUCAGUGGCAGAAACGCUGAAAACGGGAGCAUCUGUUGAACCAGAAUAUUUUGAAGAGGUCACCAUUUACUUCAGCGACAUCAUUGGUUUCACCACCAUGUCCGCCCUGUGUGAGCCGAUUGAAAUUGUGGACCUCCUCAAUGACCUCUACACUCUCUUUGAUGCCAUCAUAGGCCACCAUGAUGUUUACAAGGUGGAGACCAUCGGCGACGCUUACAUGGUUGCAUCAGGACUUCCAAAGCGCAAUGGUCACAGGCACGCUGCUGAGAUAGCCAACAUGUCUCUGGAUAUCCUCAGCUCAGUGGGAGCUUUCAAAGUGAAACAUAUCCCUGGUUUGCCUAUUAAGAUACGGAUGGGGCUGCAUUCUGGCCCCUGUGCUGCAGGGGUGGUGGGUCUCACCAUGCCCAGGUACUGUCUGUUUGGAGACACAGUGAACACGGCUUCGCGGAUAGAGUCCACCGGAUUGCCCUACAGGAUUCACAUCAGCCAAAAUACAAUGAAGAUACUUCAGAAUCUUAAAGAAGGUUACAGAAUGGAUUUUAGAGGGAAGACAGAGCUGAAGGGCAAAGGGUUAGAAGACACGUACUGGUUAGUAGGCAAAAAAGGAUUCACCAAGGCACUUCCCCACCCUCCAGAAAUAAAACCUGGACAACCAUGGCAAGAAAUUGUCACCCGAGAAAUUAAGGCUGCUAUGAAGGUCUCCAGGAGCAAGUUCAUGGACAAGCAGAGCAGAGAGCUGUAAAUGGGUGGAGCGCAGAGAGGGACACGUGUCCACCGUACAAACCCUUGUCCUUUUCUGAGAAAUCAGGCUUGUGCAUUUGA